AUGGACCCCGUGCUGGUGGAAGUGGAACAGCUGCCGGAGGACCCGCAGCACAAGCCUGAGGAUGCAAUCCCUCAAGAGACAAACAACAACACCACAGCUGAUCAGGAUGAUGAGCUGGGGAACAUUAUUGAUCACGGAUGCCUCGCUGAUGGGGACUGUGUGAAGGGAAGGUACUGCUAUACUGGCACACAAAACUCCAGAUGUCAGCCAUGUAAGGAAACAGAUGUGUCCUGUACCAGGGAUGUGGAAUGCUGUGGUGACCAGCUGUGUGUGUGGGGUCAGUGCACCCAGAACGCCACUAAAGGAGAGGCUGGCAGCACCUGUCGGUACCAGAGCGACUGCAGCCCAGACCUGUGCUGCGCGCUCCAUGAAGCCCUGCGUUUUGCCGUUUGUUCGGCCAAACCCAUCGAGCGCGAGCGCUGCCUGGACGCCUCCAACCACCUGAUGGAGAUGCUGUCCUGGGACGCGCGGGGCGAGGGGCCCAGGAAGCACUGCCCCUGUGCCGGAGACCUGCACUGCCAGCAUCUGGGACGGGGUUCCAUGUGCCUGAAAGGAGAGGACUCCAGUGAAGAGGACUUGACAGACUCUCUGUAUUCAGAGAUAGACUACAUACUUUAG